AAGGCGUGUUCAAUGAAUGUUACCCAGGAGCCUAGAGACGGGGAGAAUUGGCUCCAAAGUUCAAGGAUAAAACUUUCAGAGAGCACAGACAGAUCAUAAAGGAUUGCCACUAGCAGACAAGUUGAAGAAGCUUGUCUAGGAAUGCAUUAAUUUUUUAAUUACAUUGAAUUACUAUUCAUCUGUUUAUACGGGAUUAAACCCCAGGGAAAAGGAGAAAUUAUGGCAGAGGACAACGGCCCAAAAGGAGGUGCUGGUGUUUUUGCCAAAAAACUACAAAGGCAACUGAGUAGGGGCAAAGAAAAGGUCUUGCAGAAGUUUGGAAGGACAGUGGAGACUAGAGAUGAAAGUUUUGAGCAGUGCCUCCUGAAUGUAAAUGAUCAACAGACUGAUGGUAUCCGGUUAUACAAGGACCUGAGGAUUUACCUUAGUUCUGUCAAAGGAAUGCGGGAAGCUUCAAAACGUCUUUUCCAGUCUCUAUAUGAUUUAUAUGAGACGGGCUGGGAAGGAGAAGAGGAUCUUGGGUCCAUUGUAGAGGGUGAAGACCUUCUGUGGAAUGACUAUGAGACCAAGCUGUUGGAUCAAGCCCUUCGCACCAUGGAGUCUUAUAUAAGCCAGUUCCCAGAUGUCAAGGAGAGGGUGGCCAAACGAGGCAGGAAGUUGGUUGACUACGAUUCCUCCCGUCACCACUUGGAGGCACUGCAGAAUGCUAAAAAGAAAGAUGAAGUCAAGAUAGACAAGGCCGUUGAAGAGGUAAACAGAACAAAAAGUGUUUUUGAGGACAUCAAUAGAGAACUGAAGGAUGAGCUCCCAGGUCUCUAUGACAGCCGUAUUGGGUGCUAUGUGACAGUCUUCACAGCAAUCUCAAAUUUACGAGACACCUUUUUCAAGGAAAUGGCUACAUUCAACAGUAGUUUGCAGAAUGUGAUGAAGGAUCUCAAGAAUCAGCAUCCAGAAAAGGAGUUUGUUGUUAAGGGGUUGAAUCGGACAGCCUCUCUGAAGAGGCGAUCUCUCAUGUCACCCAAAUCCUGGAAGGCCAGCUUCUCUGACUUCCAUCAGAGUCACAGUCCGGGCAAGUCCGGCACCCUCACUAGAGACAAGUCCAGCUUCAGAUCCCCUAGAAGUCCUGGCAAUGAUGAAUCACUCACCAGCAUUCCUGCAGUCUCCCCACUGCCCCUAUCUACUGGAGACCCCUUCUCAGAGGCUCGAAACCUGGACGCAGAUUCCACCCGUAGCGAAGACCCGACUGCAGAGAAGAUACCGGAAUCUCAAAGCAGGAAUGAGAUCACCACAGAAUUGGCCUUUGGCAGUGGCCAGAAGUCAGAAAAGGAAGAGGAGGAUGUGAAAGAAGGAGAGCCUCAGUCUUGGACAUCAGACCAACAGUCCACCACCUCAAAUAAGAGAGGAGAACACUCUGCCGCAUUGACAGAGAUUACUCCUAAAGUGACCAACUCCUGUAACUCAGAGAGUGUUGAGCUCCAGUCUGUUACCAUGGACACCCCACAGCUAACCAAAGAGGGGGCCCCUGAGGACUCUGGGGCUCAUGGUGUGCAGAAUGGAGCUGCAACCGAAAGCUCUGAUUCUGAUGUAGAGCCCACUGGGCUUGUCCAAAAGGUGACUUCUCAGAAAAGACCCUGA